AUUCAAGGAGUGACAAUAUUCUGUCGAUAAAACAGUGACCUGUACUGUAGAAACGUCAAAAAAUCUGACAAAUAUUCAUUUAAUAAACAUUCCGUAAUUAAUGCCGUAUUGAGCGACAAAAAACAUAGAAAGUCCUUAAAAAUGGACACAACUAAACUAGAGAUGUUUGAUGACGUUGAGAGCCAUGUGGAGGGCGAAAUGGUUUUACCGGGCCAAACAAAUACCCAACAAAUCGGUCAGCCAGAUUUUAAUACGCUAGAUGAGCCAAUACGAGUUACAAUAAUGAGGGACUUAAAAGCUGUAGGUAUUAAGUUUGCCCAUGUUCUGUUUCCGAAGGAAAAAAAGACUUUAUUGAAAGAAUGGGAUUUAUGGGGACCUUUGUUAUUAUGCACAUUUAUGGCAAUGAUUUUGCAAGGUUCUAAUGAUGCCUCAAAUUUGGGUGAUGGAGGGCCUCAAUUUGCAGAAGUUUUUGUUAUAGUUUGGAUAGGCUCAAUGAUAGUAACAUUAAAUUCCAAACUGUUGGGUGGAAAUAUAUCGUUUUUCCAAAGUGUAUGUGUUUUGGGGUACUGUCUUCUUCCAACAACAAUUGCGUUAAUUAUUUGCAGAAUUAUUUUAUUAGCAAAUCAGUCAAAUAUGUUGUUUUUCAUUAGGUUUGCUGUGUCAAUGGCUGGAUUUUUUUGGGCAACAUAUGCUUCCAUGGUAUUUUUGGGGGACAGCCAAAAACCCAACAGAAAAUUACUGGCAGUCUAUCCAAUAGGAUUGUUUUAUUUCAUUAUAUCUUGGCUGGUUAUUUCACACACAACCUAAAUUAAUUGUGACUUUUUUAUUUGUAAAUAUUUAUUUUAAGUGAUUUCUUUCCUCCCUGAUAAACUAUGGACUCAUGUAUUAUUAAUUAUGUAUUUCUAAUAGAUACUUUCUACAUAAUUUGUAAAUAUAUAAUAUAAGAUUU